AUGUCCUCUUAUCCUUAUCGUUUUUUAAACCUCCUGAGCUCUGCUUUCGCUCCGCAAGAGCCAGCCCAAGACCAGCAGGCGUUGGUUGGUCAGGCCGAUGCCGAAGAGGAAUGGCCGUUGCUACAGGAGCAGACAGGUCAAGACCCCGGCCUGCGUGAGUUCUUGCCUGGUGCUCGAGAGUACGUCGUCCACCCCCCCUCGCGCGUAGCAUGUCCUGAGAACCAGCAACAGGAUCAGCCACAGCCGGGAGCAGGACCACACCAGCGCCGACCCCGACCGGGAACAACAACCUCCGCCCCCGUGACUCGGGAGCAGACUCAAGCCCCAACUGCAGCCGCGGCUGCAGGGCGAAACCGCUCCGGUCGAUAUCACUACGUGCGGGACAACAUGGAUAGAUAUAUCUGCACCUUCCGGGGGGCCGAUGGGCAACCCUGUGAAGCUGCUUACUACAGCCAUGCUGGGUUCUGUAAGCAUUAUCAGGUGAAUCAUGAGCCGAAGAAGCUCUAUCCAUGUCGGUUCUGCGUGCGGAGCCUGUUCUUCUAUACUCGCGCGCAGUAUACCCAGCAUAUGAAGCGCGUGCAUUCGGCGUAG